AUGUUCCAAUGGCGUUGCGCCACAGCUCAGCAGGUUUAUGACAAAGCAGAAGAAAUUGCCAACCAUAUUGAAUCCACACGCUUGUCUAAUCCAUCUGCUUCCACCCCCACUACUUGCGUAUCUUCCAGCACUGCCCCCAAUUCCAAUCCCACCCCCACUUGUACACGCCUCAAUGUGGGAGAUAACGUCUACAUGAUUGACCCCACCACUCGUUGCGCCAAGAAAGGCGCUAUCACAUCUAUUGUGGAAUGGAGAAUCCAAAGACACUAUGAUUCCAUUCCCUUCCUUGAAAAAGACAAGCGCCCUGCCGCAGCCGCCCCUGUUAAACCCAUCCUUGCCCCCACCCCUGUCCUGGCCUUGAAUGCUAAAGGCCCAGGCCCUAUGGAUCUUGACGGAAGGGGACAUUUUGCGCGCAGUUGCCCAUCUAAGCCCAUGUCUGGACAUGUGGCUAACGUCGAAUGGUCUUGGGAAAGGCCUAAAGAAGAAAAUGGGAUUGAAGUUGUUUCUGAGGAUGAAGAGUCGGGAAAAGGAAAAGCCAAGGCCAACUAA